UUGCAGUGUUUGUUGGUGUGAAGUUGCGGCUGUUUUUGAAUUACGUAGUGAAAACCACCAUUGCAUUGCAGAAGUACAAAGUGAAUAAAACUACGAAUUUAUUGAAUUUAUGGCUCGGGUUAGGUUUAGUUCUUGGUAGAACUGACGGGAAUUAAAAAGCAGAAUAAACAUUACAGGAUAUAUUUUUCAAUAUAAAAUGUGACAAAGGCAAAUUUGUUUGAAAAGAUAAAAUAUUAUAGUGACUUAGUGAUAGACUCUGAAUAUAUAGAAUGAAUAGAGGUACAAUUCACUAUAAUUCAGUAAUAGUCUAAUUAAUAGAAUACAUAGUUAUAGGCCUAUAGUAUUUAUAGAUGGCAAAUGAGGAUUUAGGAUUUUCCUAAAGUUCAUCGGAAUUGGUUACAGUUACAAAUCAGAACUAAAAUGCCUUGCAGGGGCAAACAGAGUGUUAAAGUCAAUGACUCUUUGGCUAAACCAACCCAAGAGGACCAACCCUCUGACCACAGGUGUAAUCUGAUUACAGAUGUGAGAAGGCAGUCCUUAAAUCUGCCAGUGACACAACCAGGUGCUGUGAGUGUCGAAAAUAAGGAGAAUAUUAACAAUGCAAAGGUCAAUGGUGACAAAAAAAAAUCCCCUGUAAUCUGAUUACAGAUGUGAGAAGGCAGUCCUUAAAUCUGCCAGUGACACAACCAGGUGCUGUGAGUGUCGAAAAUAAGGAGAAUAUUAACAAUGCAAAGGUCAAUGGUGACAAAAAAAAAUCCCCAGGUUUCUGUAGAGGAGAGAAAAGUGUGGAUGUGAAAGAGUCAAAAACGAAGCAACUUGUCGGUUCCAAAGUGAAUUUGAAGGAAGAAGUUGUGAUUAAUACAAAAGCUGGUGAAAGUAAAAAGGGAAAUUCUAAAAUAAAUGGUGCCAGAAAAUCAUCAGGGUCAUGCAGGGGACAGAAGAGCGUUGAGGUUAGGCCGUCUUUAAGUAGCUCUCCCCAACAAGAAGAAACUAACAAAAAUUCGAGUAAUGUUACCAAUGGAAAUAACAAAAUUAGCUCGACUAAGUCAGGGCCAUGCAGGGGUCAAAGAAAUGUUGAUGUCAAGGACACUUUAUCCAUCAAACCGAGUGAAACGAACAAAAGUGAUACUGAAGUAGAGACACAAAAAAAGGAUGUUAAGAAAACUAAAACUGUUACCAAAGAACAAUCAGCCCUUGAUGAUGGUAGGAGUGAUGUCAAGAUAAAAGCUGAUAAUGCGUUGAGCGGUUCCGGAGCUCUACCGGAGAAGAAACCGCCCACAGGUCGGGCUGGCCUGUGUAGUGGAGGAUCAAGUUCACAUUUGAAGGACUCUCUGAAACCAUCGAAGAAACAAGUAGAGAGGAAUGAGGCAAAGAAGAUUAAUGAUGGGAUGUUUGAAGAAAAGGUACUUCAUGUAGAGGAGCAAGAGGAGUUGUUAGAUGAGGAAAUGGAGGAUGACAUUGUGGAAGAGAUGGAAACAGAUGAAGAGGAAAUUUAUAUCACAUCUCUUCCCCCACCACCUAGCAUUAAAAAAUCAAAAAAGAAGAAAAAGAAACAGGCAAGGAAUAAUUAUGAUGAUCUUGAAAUGCUACUGGAUUGUUUUUUAUUCUAUCACUGUAUGAUGUUGAAUUAUUGUUUUGUUUAAGUUUAUAUGAAAAAUUAAAUGCUUGUAAAUUAUAGCAGACAGUCUAGUUACUGCUGCCAUUUAAAGUCUGUGAUUUUUAAAACUCUCAGUAUUGCAGCAACUAAUUUAUUUUGAGUAUUGAACUUAAUCAGUUUAAAUUAAUUGUUAACUAAUUAUAAGCUGCAAUAAAGCUUUUGAGCAGAUUAAUGAGACAGAAUUUGUGUAAAUAAAACAAUGAAGGUUAAGAUUUAAUUUACACGUUGGCAUUUGUAUUCUGUAUAACCAAAAUUAAAGCUUAACUUAUAUGUUUUAUUUACAAAAAUUGUUUGUGUCUCAUUAAUCUAAAUUAAUUGCUGUUUUUUUUAGUGUCAUAAAGCUUUAAGUGUUAUUCUUGGUUUCAAAAUUAAUCACUGGUUUUAUGUUUUCUUCCACUCAUAUUAAAAUUAUAGGCUACAUUAAAUUACAUAAAUAUACUGACAAUGCUGUGUAAAGUUAUUACCGUUGAGCUCAUACAUUUAAAAUAUUCUUUAUGAACACUUUUUGUAAGAAUUUUUAUUUAUUAAAUAUUAAUUAAUAUUAUGUAUUUCAACUGCUUCCAGAGAUCUAGUGAAUAUGUUGAUGAUGAACCAGAUAAAGAAAGGUCGCUGCCCAUUGGCUCACGUAAAUACAAGUAUGCAGUGACACCAGAGGAUACAGUAAAUGACCCCUUGUACAGUUCUAUUGAGAAGAAACCCCCUGUUAAAGUACCAAGAAAGACAAAGUAAGCAGAAUCAGGAUCUUCUUAACCAUAGUUUUUAAAUGAGGGAUACACAUUUUCUAUUCACACUGUCUUUUUCCUUUUUAAAUUUUACCUGAAAUAAGCAACAACAACUAAGUUUCACUUUAUUUUUAGAUAUAUAUAAGGCAUCCUUCCACCUUCGCGAGACACAGACAAUUCAUCAAAUGGUUGACGAGACCCAUCCUGGAUUGGCAGUCUUGGCUGCACUUCUCGCAAGAGAACCUUGACUCCUGGUUAAAUUUGACUAUCCAUAAUGCUAUUUUUGUUGCAAGGGCUUUGUUUCAUGGAUACUUUCCUUGCUUUACAAAAAAGCUCUGCUCCUAAGGUACUUAACCUGGGGGGGGGUUUUAUGAAGACCAGCUGUUACCUGAAGCAGCAGAUUUCCACGCUCCACGCAGCCAGCGGAUGCAAGGGAAUGACACCUGACAAUACAACUAGGCACUAACUGCAUCACAUGAGUUGCCAAAAUGCCAUUGGUAUCGGAGCCAUAUCGACUUCAGGACCCCAUCUUUGGAAUUUACAGUUUCGGUGCACUCCCCAUAGUCUUACUUUUGCUUCCCAUAUACAUUUCUAUUGAUACUUAUUUGACACUUAUCCAUUUUUCGUCAAUUUCAGUCCACACUCAAAUUUGCGAGUCAGCCAUCUUGUUGCUAACUAGAAGCUAUAUAUAUAUUUAGAUAAAAGCCUACAUUAUUAAAAAGAAAAAAUAAACUAUUUUAGUUAUCAGACUUUGCAUGAAAUUACAUGACAUAUAGAACAGAGCUUCAAAAAAGCAAAUAGAAAUAACAUAAAAAGGGUUUGCCUGUUGAUAUGUGGGUGAAUUCCUGAAAAUUUUGAAAAGUACCUGUGUAGAAACUGUGUGAAUUAGUGAACCCAGAGAUAUUGUUACUUUGGUUAUUUCUGUCACUAACUACUUUUCCAUGCAGGAGUGGCAUACAGUCAUCUGCUGAAGCUCAGGCAGCCAAUGUUGAAGAUGAAAGACCAACCAGAGUUGCUCGCCAGGACACACCCCAGAGGAAGAGAAAAAAGAAACCGUUGGACAGUGGUCAAGGUAGAUAAACCAAAAAAAACUUUAGUUAUGCUUGGUUUAUUUGUACCAGUUUCUUUAUACCAUUUUUGGACAAUUUUUUUGUACCAACAUUUAUAGAUGGUUUGCUUAUACCAUUAUCUUGGGCAAUAUGUCUGUGCCAAAAAUGUUUGACUGUUGUUUUGUUUUACCAAUAUGUUGGACAAUAUGUUUGUACCAUUAUGUUGGACAGUUUUUUUAACCAAUUUUUUUCACAUUUUUGGGGAGAUUUCAGUAUCCAACGUGCUCAGAUAUCCUGUACAAUUUCACCUACUCUAACAUGACAACAAUCUGUGCAAUCAGAUAAAAUAAAUAUAAAUGAAAAUGAAUCAAUUCCUUGUUUAAUGCAUUGUUAGAUUACAAUCACACAAAGCCUGUCACAGGUGUUUUGUAAGGCUCUUAUAGGAAACAGCAUGCCAAGGGGUGUUGAUGCAAUGCCUUAUUUCAAAAGAAGUCCUGCAGGAUUUUAUUCUUUAUUUUGAGUUAAUAUUUUUUUGUUUGUUAUCUAAGUAAAAAUAAUUCUUUAUUUGCAAAUGUUAGAUUUUAAACUCAACUUUCACUUCUAGACAUCAGAUCAGUCUAUGAGAAGCAGAUAGCCAGCCUGCAAACAGCUGAGGACCCAUUGGACUACUCACAAGAGGAGUACACCAUGACUUCACAGCCCACAGUGGAGGUUAGUUAUGUAACUUUGAUCUGAUAGUUAUGUUACUUUGAUCUGUUAGUUAUGUUACUUUGAUCUAACUCAUAGGGUUUGCCCAGAUGAGUUCUGUAAUAGGCUGGUCAUCUACUAGUCACAGCCAACAAAAAGUCUAUUUACUUUGAAAAGCUAUUAGGUGUAAGCUCCCUCAGAGGACAUUACCAAAUCAUGGAUUAUGCAUACAAAUAUUAUUUUGUUAAUUCUCUUUUAAAUUGAUUCUGAAUAGAUUCACACAUUUUCAGGAAAGUGUUGAGUGAAUAAAUAGUUGAGUCUCUCCUAGGUUAUUCAUUAUACAUAGGUCAUUCAUUUUAUAUAGGUUAUUCAUUAUGUAUAGGUUACUCAUUAUAUAUAGGUCAUUCAUUUUAUAUAGGUUAUUCAUUAUGUAUAGGUUAUUCAUUAUAUAUAGGUUAUUCAUUUUAUUUAAGGUUAUUUGUUUUAUAAUAAUUUUUUCACCAACAAAUUUUCCAUUAUUCCUCAGGAAGAAGGUGACCUUCUUGAGAAUGCUGAGGAGGAAAGAAAAAAGAAUAAGCAGAGAUUAAGAGCUAAGAAGAUGAUGGAGCUUGACAAUAGCUCUCCGGUAAAAUCUGGAGACCCAACCUUGAGAGCCUAUGACAAUGCACAGAAAGAAAUAGACAAGGUUUUGGGUCCCAGGGAUGAUGACGAUGAUGAUGAUGAGAAAGAAGAUAAUAAAAAGAAGAAGUGAGUUUUUGAGAUGCUUUUUCUCAUCAGGACAGACAGAGAGGGAAAUGAAUUAGACAGACAUAGAUAUUUUAAAUUGAGAAAUAAAGCUCAAAGUAUUCCAUCCCCUAUUAUAAUAAAAAUGUGACAUCUUAUUCAGAGUCAUUCAUUUAGUUGAGGUAAUGGUAGACAGCUGAACAUCAACAAGGCCAAAUUCACUUCGGUCUUUAAUGUCUAGGAAUAGCCGCCCUAGUGGGCCGGUGAAUCCAUGACCAGAUUAAAGUUAUAAGUUAUCAGCCAUGUGUUCAUAAUUUUGAAUUGGAUUUAUAAAUAUUUAUGUUUGAGAGUGAAGUGAGAGUUUUCAGUUGCACUGGGCUGUCAGCUAAGUUUUAAAACAAACAAAAACAAUGAUUUAUGUUCUACUUUUAUCAACUAUUUAUCACUGAAAAUAACAUCAAAGCUUUUGAUCUUUGAGUUGAUAGUCUUUGUUAGUGAGCCCUAGUUUAUUUUUCUUUCAGUGUUCUGGAAAUUAAGUCUGUCCAUAUGCAGAUGAAAUACAGUUGGCACAAUGAUUAACAUAAAUAUCAAAGACUUGAAUGAUUAACUUCAAAUCUAGAUCCACUUCUAAUCACAGUCUUACUUGUAAAAUCACUUUUUGACAAAUUUUUCUUUUCUUGUCAUGUUUCUAAUUUUAUUGCUUACUGUGACAGGCACAAACAAAAAGGAAAGAAGAAAAAAGUAAAGAAGGGAGAGGAUGUAAGUACUCAUCAUAGACAUUAAAUGUUAUAGUGUCCCUUUGCAACUAAGGUCCCAUGAGUGCAAAGUCCCUUUGUAUCUAGGUCCCAUGAGUGCAAAGUCCCUUUGUUACUAGGUCCCUGAGUGCAAAGUCCCUUUGUAACUAGGUCCCAUGAGUGCAAAGUCCCUUUGUAACUAGGUCCCAUGAGUGCAAAGUCCCUUUGUAACUAGGUCCCAUGAGUGCAAAGUCCCUUUGUAACUUAGUGCCAAGUCCCAUAGUUUUUCUAUAUGAACCAUUAAGAGUAAAUGUUUCAUUGUUACUGUAAUUUGAGUUAAGUUCCUUUGGCUCUGUGAAAGUUAGAAAAAGAUAUUAAUGGCUAUUUAUAAUAAAAACUGCAUAGUUAAAAUAUUAAAUAACACAAAUGUGAUAAUAGCGAUAAAUAAUUCAAAUAAAUUAUGUGAAAUUCUGCUCAUGUCAAAUUGUGCAUAUCAGAUUUCAAAGUCUCUCAGCUCACUCACAAUGAUACACCCCUUCCCCACCCUCUAUUAACAGAAUGAAGCUUUUAGUGACGAUGACGACGAGAAAGUUGAGAAUAAAGAGGAAACUCUGGAGGAAGCCAGGCACAGGAUGCACAAACUUCUGGACGAUGCCUUUUCACUUAUCUCCCACAGCAAAUCAUCCAUUGGGUCAGUUUGCCUGUCAAUGUUUGAAUGAAGAAAGUUUCAAUUAAGAUUCCUAAAUGUAUGGUCUUUGUAAAAGGCAUAUAGUGAUUGAAAUGAGACCUUGUAGAAAUGGAAGAUUCAUUUAUUUAUAAAAGACUAUUCACAAAAUUAAUGUGUAGACCCACUACCAGAUGGUCAUAAAAAUGUGACUAAAAGCUCUGGGGACCACUGGUCUUUAAUUUAAGCUGAACAAAUCCUGAAAAUGUUUUAGUAAUAGCCUACAAAGUGAAUGUGAUCUCACUUCUUUUGUACCCUAACCAAAUAAUUAUAUGUGCAUGACUGAUGAUUAAUGAAAAUAACUUCAACUUGAAUCCAGCUCUCUUAGUUCUAAUAUAUCUUCCUUAAAACAUGUCUGUAGCUCCUCAGUGACAUCUAUCAGGAAAUUGUUGAGGUGGGAGACUAAUCACAUAAUGUAGCUGUAGUAGAAACUCACUCCUGUUUGAUUGUUGUUGUGUUACAAAAACUUGCAGUAGACUUGAUGUUAGCUUCCAGUUAAAUCCCUCCUAAAGUUGUUUUAACAAUUACUUGUAGUAGACUUGAUGUUAGCUUCCUGUUAAAUCUGUCCUAAGUUGCUUUAUUUUUUUUUUAAUAGAAUUAUCUGGAUACAGUACAUGCUAUUCAAUUCCUUUUUGGUAGUAAACAUAUUUUUUGUUCAGUUUAAUCCUUGCAUUAGGGCAGUGGUCUCCAAAUUAUCAACUUACCGCAACCUCAUAAAAAAAAAAACAUCAAAGAAAGCAAUAAAAAACUUUACAGUCAUUUGUGCUUGUGUAAAUAUUAUUUACUAUGUGGUAAAAAUUAAUCUAUGUGGUAAGCAAUCUCUGGCAUCAAUUUAUAAAAUGACAAUCAACCAGGACAGACAAAAGCUCAAACAUUCAAAGCCUAACUGACUACAUGCUCCCAUACAAAACAGAUACAAAAUUUAAUAAAUUGUUAUGAAAUAUUUCAGCAAAACAUAUUUGUUAUGUCAUCAUGUUUUUUUUUAUUAAUUAAUAUUGUCUUAUUGGUUAUCAGCCUAAUCUUGUUAUGCUCACUUUGGGGUUCUCAAAGUUCACUGUGGAGCAGUGGUGUAGCUGGGAUUGGUGCAGCCCGGAGCAGGCCAUGAUCCCCCUACCCACUUUUCCAUUAAAAAAAAACAAUGCGGCUGCAAAAAAAGGCUGCCCAACUGUAAAAAUUAUUACUAGUCGUUCGCCCCCCCCUUGUUUUUUUUUUUCUACACCACUGCUGUGGAGCCUUAUUUUAUGUUUUCUUUAUUUCAGUAAGAAAUCAUUUUUUAAGCUUGAGAUUGAGAGCCUAUGAUCUAGAAUAUUUAUUAGAAAAAAAUAGAACUACCAGAGAAUAAAUUUAAUAUUCUGCAAAACUUUACAGUGCCAUAUUUGUGUAAAAUAGUUACCAAGCAUUUCUAGUGCUGAUGUACUGAAAAUCACUAAAUUAUUGGGUCCUAGUCAGUGAAACAAGAGAAUAAACUCGAUUGAUUGAUGAUAUUCCAUAUGUGUACAUUACAAGCCCUCAUUAGCGGAACAAAUUGUUGACCUCAAUUAUAUUUUUAUUUCUUAUUGGAAGACUUAUGGUCUGAAGCUGUUAUUUCCCAAUAUUGACCUUUUGAAUUUAAAUUUCUACUUGGAAUUAGUAACUUUUAAUACAGAAAUACUUAAAGCUUUUUACCCACUUGUUAACAUGCUUCCAGUGGACUAAAUAUUUUAAAUUGUGAAAAGCUAAAGCUACCAACAUAUUUUUUUCUAUUCAAUUUAUGACUAAGAUAAUAUAGGUGUAUGAGUCUUUUUAACUUUUUUUCUUUUAUACAUUCUUUCCAUUAAUUUUUGAGAUUUAUAAAAAACAUACAAAUGUUUAACCUAUUUUUCAGCAACAAAGUGCAGCCAUCUAGUAGUGAUGACCAAAGAUCACAACCAAGCUCAGCCAGGUACUGAGAGACUUCAAUCAUUCUAUUGCACUAAUUAUUUUGACAUUGGGGUGGCGAGAUUUUAUCUACAUUCUUUGAAGUGUCAUCAAUUUAUAAAACAAAAGACACAAACUUUAUGUGUAUGUAACAAGCUUGUUUCAGACAUGAGAGAUAAAAUGUAUUUUGUCAGUUUUAUUAAAACUUUAAUUUAAUAGGGAAGGUUUGUGUAUUUUAUUCUACUGAACCUCUGUAGCAGUCCAAGCAUCUUAAAUUUACUGAGUGUAAAGUCUUUGUGUAAGCCAUUAUUAAUAAUGUAAGACUUUAACAAUGGUGAAACCAAAUUUAAAGCUUCAGUGUUGAGUUAUAUUAAAUAUAAAUGCAUGGUUUGUGUAUAAUUAUAUAAAAUACAAUUAACAAGUUGCAUAUAUAAGUUUUUCAAUUAAUGUCAAUCUACGAGUUUAAGAAAUUUCCCUCUUAGUUAUAGCUUUUAUAUGAUAUCACAAUCUAAAAAUUAAGAUUUUUUGGUCACUCUUUUAUUAUUUGUGCUCUACAUUAAUCUAGACAAAAAUAUCUUUUUAAGAUAACUAAUGCAACCUGUUGGAGAAAUUGUCUUAUUUCAAUUUAGAUUGAUAAAAUUCUAAUAGCGCUCUCAGCUCAGCAAAUAUUUUGAUGACAAUAAUUUGUACGAGUAGUUUAUUUAAUUAAGAUCCAUAAUUUUAAUUUCACAGAGAAGACCGUAGUGUUCAAGCAAAUAUGGAAUCUCCAAGACUGGAAAGUGAGUUAAUAAUGAAACUGAGAACAUUGCCUGAACAGUUGCACACAUACUACACAAAAUGGAAAAAUAAGCCUAUAAGAUAUAACUUUGACUUUUACAUAACAUGGUCACAAAUAUGACAUGGACAAAAAUAAAUGCAGCAUCGACACCUAUUUAAUAUGUAGACAUGUAGCAUAGACACACAAAAAGGUCGGGCCAAUAUUUUUAAUUUAUUAUAAUAUCUGGAAGGCCCAUAAAGCAAAUCAUUUUGGGCCAAGGUAUUUCUAUUUUAGAUUAAAAUAGUUUUUUUUUGUAAGAAGGCUCUGUUACCCUUUUAUUCCAGUGUUGAAUCUAAUACAGAAAUCUAACACAACAUGGUGGGGAGACUGCAGUCAAGCUUAAAUCUUACAAAAAGUACUUACCAAAAGUAUCUACAUGUAUUAUCUAAAUUUUAGUUUUAAAUUUGGUACAUUUCAACUUUUUUCUAUCAUCACUGUUUAUCUCAUAGGUAAAAAACACACACCAAUCCAUGUGCACCGGAGCCAUGAGCCAUAUGACAGCAGUGGUCUUGUCACAUGGAGCCCUUACAGGGCCUCUGAUGAGAUUGCCAUUAUAUCUUUACCCAGCACUCAGGUAAGAUGAGUUUGCCAUAUCUUUGCCAAACACUCCAUGUAAGCUUGGAUUGCAAUAAUCAGUAUCAACAAUUGUUUAAGAUAUUUCAAUAACAAGUUGCUUCUAAUUUGUGGGGUGGCUGGAAAUAUAUAAGCAUUUAUAUUCUCUACCAAAUUACAUUGGCAUAUUUAUACAUGCUAUCUACAUACUAGGUCAAAAAAAGAACUAAAACUAUUUAUUUAAGAGGCAGAUCUGUGGAGAUUGAAAGUUGUACAAUUUUAGAAGCAGUAAAAAAAAUAUGUGCAGAUUUUGUGAUUAGUUGCAAUUAAAGUCAUAUGAACCAUGAACUUAUCUCCCUUCUGAACAUACAGUUUUAUUAUUGGAUUCAGACAGACAGACAUACACAGGAAAUUAUCAGAUUUUAUUUAGGUAGACAAGAUUUAUAAUGCUCAAAUGUUUAACUCUUUACAUUCCUUGAAUUUUGCAAGUUUUUCAUGAGAUUUCUAGUGACCUUAAAAAAGAGUCAACAACUUUUAGAAUCCCUGUCUAAAGUUCAUGAUGUUAUAUAUAUUAUUGUGGGGAAAUGCAUGAGGUUUCUAAAAAUAUUUGUUUUCAAACACAUAGUGUCAAUACUUAGAAGUUGUGAAUAAAAUAAUGCAAUUUUUUUUAAUGAAAAUGUGGAUAAAAAAAAAUUGGUGAUCACAUGCAGAGAAGGAAAAAACAAACCACAUAAAAUUAUUUAGUAAAAUCUGUUAAUUUAGAAAGCAAAUUCAUUUUCUUAUAUCAUAUGCAUGAUUUAGAACAUUUCAUGAGAAUUUGACCAAAAUAUUAAUUAUUUUGUAAAAUGUGUCAAAAUGAGGAAAUAAUUUUUAAAAAAUAAAAAUUACCGCCCCCACCAAGUAUUCACAAAAAUUACAGGUUAUUAUUAUUUUACCUUUUAAAAAUUACUUCAAGCUUUUAAAAAAUAAUAGAGGUUUUAAACUUCAUGGUACUGUUAGUCAGAAAGUUUCUUGUUAUUUUAACAAAGAUAAAUUUACCAUGCGCUAUAUUUGAUUUAUAAUUUUAUUUUCUUAGCAUACCUAAUUUAUAGCCCUAGCACACUGACAAUUGCUUUUAAAAUCUAUGCAAUCAGGAAUUAUUGCAUUUAGAUUGUAUUUGGUGUUAUUUACAUUUGCAGCACUUGAUAAUUUCCUUGGUGAAGUCAAUUGAGAAUAAAAUGUCAGGUAGCUUCAGUUCAUCUAUAUCAUAGUUUUAUUUUGAACAAUCCUGAAGAGAUUAUAGCUGGCAUUAUCAACCAAAUGGAAAAAGGGAUUAGUCCAGUGCUGUUCUUUUUACUUAGAAUGAUAUAUUCAUUUAUCAACUGGUCAACACCAAACAGGUCACAGGAAUGAAUUGUAUGAUUUCAAAAUCUGAUUUGACAAUAUUUGGUUUUCUCCCCAAUAAUUGCCUAGAAAGACACCAUCAGUUUGGUUUUGUUCACAAAAGAAAAUCCAUUUGCUGUCAUAUUAUUUGAAAUAAGUGAGGCUUGUCUAAUUUUCUCUCCACUGAACAUAGUAUAAGUUAUGUUAUCUCUUAUCCAUCACAUCAUAUCACAUUGCUUUGGUUUUUAUCUUUACUUACUUCUGUUAAAGUCUGACAAGUUCACUUUGCACAGUUUGUCCUCAUUGUCUGUAUCAUUAUUACAAACUUUGAAGAAUGUCUUAUUUGAAUAAAUCUGUUUUUGGCAAUAGGGCAUGAGCCCACAAUUCAUGGUAGUAAUGAAACAUUGUUGCGGUUGACGGGUAUUUUUGUACACUGAGGACUUGUACAGUUGACAUGCACAUUAGUAGUCCUAGAAAUGUGUAAAAGUGAUAUGUUGUUGAGAUAUCAACAAACCACAGUUGAUGGAAGGUUUAGAAGGUCCCAUGGUAGUUGAAUAGGUGUAUUUUACAAAUUUUCAACCAAAUUCAGUGUGAAACAUAUCUUGAAAAUCCUUAGACUUUAGGAUGCAGAUUGUAUCCAUGUUAUGAUGACAUUUCUUCCCACACAAGUCAGCCUGGCUUUCUGGCUGGGGGAAACUUAGGAUUGGGAACCAGUGGGUCAUCAUCUCGAACCUCAUACAAGCCUAGCCUGUGAAUGUAAAAGAAGAACUAAUAUUAUAGACCUAUCUGAUGCAACUAUUAGGGAUGCAAUGAAUAUAAAAUAUAUAUUUACUUAAAUUUCCAGUUUUUAAUACUUCAAAUACUGUCUAAAAACCGUUAUGACCAAAAAAAAUUAGUGUCAGAUUAUUAAUUUUUUAUAACACACAUCGAUGUAAAAUUUCAUAGUCUGUAGGAUAAAAUAUAUCAUAAUAAACAGUGCUGACUGCAUUCUUUACAUUCCUUAGCAACAGUUUCUAAGCAUAACGUCUUCUAAAAUUAUUUAUGUAAUAAAAUAUUCGCAAAUUUUACAAUGAUUUUAUUUGCGUAGAUUCAUUUUAAAAUGGGUAGUAAAUACUUCAAUUAUGAUUAAAAAUAGAAUUUAAAUCGAUAAAAUAAAAAUAAAAGUAAAAAAUCUAUAAAAAAAAUAUAGAAUGAAGAAACACUUGAUUACUAACCUUCUAGUUUUAGUGACCAUAAAGGGCUAUAAAGGCAGAUUCUCAUCAAAAUCUGCAUCAAAGUCUCUAGAUUCAGGUUACCAACUAUCUUCCCCAGAUGUUUCAGAUAAAAUUUGAUCAAUAUUUUCGUCAGUAUUCAUUAUUUAAAAUUUUGGGCUGCCGAGUCGACUAGCGUCUUACAAAAAUUUUCCCAAAAUGGGGAGUAACACUUCGGCAUGUCACGUGAACCUCGAACUCGCAAAAAAACAACAAUUAUUAUUUAAAAUCUUUAAACAUUAUUAUUUUUUUUUUUCUUCCAAAUGUAUGAUAAAAUAGGUAUAGAUCACUUAAAAAAUAAAAAAGACAAUAUUUUAUUAGCGAAAAUAACCAACGUAUAUAGUUGUACGCUCCCUAUAUAAGAGGAAUGAAAAGAGUUAAUGUUUUAAGUUCCACUCCCAUGUUUCUGGGACCUCCUGUUUUACAUUGCUUCUGUUUCUUAUAACUUUGGUAAAACAAUUUCAUUUCCUAGACCAACCUGUCCAGCGUUCCUCCACAACAAGAGAGACUGACCACGUCCACUUUCACAGAGUCAAUGCCAAGCAGCAUACGGACGAGCUAUUACGCAACCCAGCCUGGAGAGCCCAUCGUAAUCAAAACCAAAAAUAUGGAUUCGAAUCUCCCGUCUAAUGGCAGCCAUGCACGGGAUGGGUCAUUUUCUAAGCCCGAUGACGAAAGGGGGCAUAGCCAUCGUACCGCCAAUGGUGGUUAUCAUCAAGAAACAUUCCAGAACCCGGUGUAUGAGAACACAUUACCUUUGCGUCCUACCGACCGGUACACAGAUCCGUACCAUGGACUGGCCUCGUACCAAGACCUGCCUGUUUCUCAAAUUGUAGAGCCAAACAAGAGGAAUGGAAGGGCCAUGAAACCAAGUGCCUGGCAGGAGGAGAGAAAUAAACUCAGUCAGCCAAACUCAGGUAGCAGCAGUCCUCGUGGAGGAGUCAUAGACGUACGUAGGCACGUACCACCACAGAGAGGAGAGAAGAAGAACUUGGAUGAAGUUGAUGUUAUCAAAGAAAGCCUUCAGCCAGGGGCAUCACCCCAGCCGUUGAUCAACAGUUUGAGGGAAGAGUUACAGGUACUGUCCAGUAAGAAGAUUGUUGAGAAUCAGACCAAGAAAGGUAGUUCAGACUCAUUUAGGAUGAAAUCCAAUGGAUCAAGCCAGAUUUAUCCACAUGAUGAGAGUGUAUCCAGUUGGGGUUCUAUGCACAGAAACACCAGCAAUGUUUAGAAUCUAAACUGAGUUGUUGCUGAUCAGAUGAAAGAUAAAAUGUUUAGCCAUCCUACACUUUUGUACAGAUCAUACCAUGAUUUGAAAUUAAUGAUGAUGUUCGACAGGUUUUUCAGAAAUCAAUCCUAUAAAAUGGGUCAACACUUUACCAUAAUUAAAUGAACCCACUUUCAAAAUAUUGUUCCUUAAGAUUAUUCCAUUAUUAGGAAUAAAAUCAACUUUGAAAGAUGCACUUAAGUUUUAAGCUUAUCAAGGUUUUUUCUUCUUCUGUCUUGUGCUGGUCAUUGACAUGAAUAUGGCCACAACUAUCAAAAUAUUGUGUCAAAUUUAUUCAAUUGAAGCUGUUAAAUUUUAUUGUUAAAAACACUUACAAGUCAUUACCAUCUGUUAAAUAUCAACAGCCCUUAAAAACAUCAACAGCCCUGUGAAAUAUCAAUAGCCCUGUUACAUAUCAACAGCCAGGGCAAAUAUGUCAAUUUUUUCAGAUGUUCUGGGCACAAUUUUUUUUUUUGAUUCAGUUACUGAUUCUUUUCUUUUUCCUUCAUUUUCUUUUAAUUGUGUAGGAAAUUUUGACCACUGGAUGUCUUUCAAGUUAUUAUCUUCUGUGCCUUAUCAUGAUGUAGUUAUGAAAUGAUGUCAUUCCAGCAGAUUUCCAAACCUGGACCAUAGAAUUAUUCUCUUGUGAUCGUCUAGGGUGCGGUUCAGUUACAGUGAAUCCAUCUUGGUGAUAAACCAAAAAUAAAUGUUAAAGGGGAACUAACCUAUGUUUUGAAAUUGACCCUGGAGAUUUUUUUUUGGGGGGUGGAGGGUGUUUAGAAAAAUUAAGGAAUGUUGAAUAAAUGCUUUUCAAUUUCAUCGUCAACUGAAAUUUGUAGUAUUAUUAGUUAUGAAUCUGGUUUAUAGAUGUGCUGUUACAAUAGAAGUGAUGCAUCAGUACAAGUUUUAGCAGCAGGCUCUGGUCAUCCAUAGAUGUGCUGGUACAAUAAAUGCAUCAGUACAAGUAAUACCAGCAGGCUCUUGUCAUCUUUAGAUGUGCUGGUACAAUAGAUGCAUCAGUACAAGUUGUAGCAGCAGGCUCUUGUCAUCUUUAGAUGUGCUUGUACAAUAGAUGCAUCAGUACAAGUUAUAGCAGCAGGCUCUUGUCAUCUUUAGAUGUGCUGGUACAAUAGAUGCAUCAGUACAAGUUAUAGCAGCAGGCUCUUGUCAUCUUUAGAUGUGCUGGUACAAUAGAUGCAUCAGUACAAGUUAUAGCAGCAGGCUCUUGUCAUCUUUAGUUGUGCUUGUACAAUAGAUGCAUCAGUACAAGUUAUAGCAGCAGGCUCUUGUCAUCUUUAGAUGUGCUGGUACAAUAGAUGCAUCAGUCAUGGUGUCUUGAUGGGAAAAGAAAGUUAGACUUAAAAAAAAAUAUUUAAAAAAAAAUGAAACAAAGAACUGUUUGUCUAGAAAGUUCCCUUUACAAUUAUGGGUAUUACUAGUUCUUAGUUUCAGCUUGCAAUCAAUUAUUGAUAUCCAUUGUUGAAUAAAAAAGUAGAGCAAAAUGACUUUUUCUACAACACCACACUAACUGCUGUUGGGAAAAAAUGUGCAUAUAUGUUUUGUUACUCUCUAAAAAUAUGGUUUAUUAAAGCUAGAUGUUAAAUAGAGUUCAAGGUUAUAACUAUAACCAAUUGAGUUCAUUUUGUUAACAAGUAAUGGUAGAAACAUAAAAAUGAGCAUGCCUUGAUCAUGAUUAUUCAAUUCAACUGAAUUAAAGUAAUUAAUGUAAUUUAUGUAUUGACAAAUAUUUUGAUAAUGCUUGCAGCUAUAUCCUAAAUAUAUAUAUUUCAAAUUUUUAUGUUUUUUUUUAAUAAUAGUUUUUUAAAAAUAAUAAAUGUUUUUUUUAAAAUACCGUACAUAGAUUUUAAAAGAUGCCUUAUGUAUAAUAACAAAAUAUAUAACUUAACAAACAAAAUACUUAAUGACUUGACUUAAAUAAUAUUUGGUUGAUCCUUUUUGUACGUUAUAUUUUAUGUAAUCUUAUAUUAUGAUACAGUGUGUCUGCAGGUGUCCUCCUCUCGACAGAUAAAACAUAUCACCCCCCAAUGAAUCUUUCAAUACUAUUUAUAUGAAAUAUUUAAUAUUGCUGAUGUUUCCGUCCAUUAUUUUUGUGAUUUUGUUCAUUGUUUUCUUGGUCCCUUUGGUCUACCUUGGGUUUCUUAUGUGUGUAGAAGUGGGUGGUGUUGAAGACUGAAGACUUUACUGCAGUUUGUUCCAUCUACUUGUACAUUAAAAGAAAUGCAUGACAGAUACUAAUUCAUGUUCGGAAAUCUUCAGUUUCAUUGAAGUGUCAGGUGAUAGCUAUAAAAUAUUUAGGUAAAGAAAUUCUUUAAAAUGCUCAAUGUGUGGUUAGCAUAUAAUUAUUUUUUAAAUUUAUAGACAAAUGGGUAUUUUUUUUUCUUUUUAUUUUUUAAUUAAAAGUAAUUGUUCACAAUAAUACUACAUUCAAACCUUUAAACCAUUAAUUGCUACUUUUUUCAGUUAUAGAGAUAGUUUUUAUACUGUUAGAAUGUAUUUACACAAAGGGUACUGAAAUAUGUUUUUUAGGACACAGGAGUAAAUGUACAUUCAGAAUUUUAUGUUUAGUUGUCACAGGUUCAUGUUAUGUCACAUAUUACCACAUAUCUAACAUUGUAUACUUGAUCAGCUUGCAAUAUGAUCAUGCUACCUUUAUUAAAUGUACUAUUCUAUAAACUAUUCCACUUAUUUGGAAUUAUUUACAUCCACUUUGAUAUAAUGGCAUGUAUGUUUAUUUUUAAGAAGAACAUUCCAUGUUUCAGCAUUAGAAAAAGAAUACUGUUAGAUGUGUUUAAUAUUUGAGGGUGACAAAAAUUAAGAAUACAGGAUACAAAUUUGAUCUUCUAAUCAACCACUUUGAAAGGUGGGGGAAAAAAUAAAUUAUCUGAUUUGGUCACUUUUUAUUAUAAUAUCCUACUUAAAAUAAUUCUUAUUGAUUGUUUGGGAAAUCUUUGAUGCUAUUUCAAGAUGGUCUGGAAAUAAAUGUUCAUGAAUAU